ACAUCAUGCAGCUGCUACUCGUUGCAGAUUGCCCCCCAACCCAAUAUAAUUAAUAUGUACAUAUCCAUAUGUAUUUGCCCAUGACGUGAAGGCCGAAAUCCAACCGAAAUUUCCCUGAACCCGGAAAACUCAAAGUGCAUUCAUUCAUAUUAGGUUCCAAUCUCGUCUAUUCCCCCAAUUCUUUAUCCGUCGCAUUUUAGAUCUUCAUUGAAAUAUACUACCAUCUAACCUCCACAUUUACCUACCUAUCUUUAUUAUCAUAAAUUCUACAUUUUCUCUCUAGAAGACAUACAUGAUACAACCGGCGCAAUGCCCCUCAACACCAAACCCUUGAUAAACGCCUCGCGGCUCGGUUCGCUCGCGCGACAGCAAUUCCACACCUCCCCUCGUGCCUUCUACUCGAGCGGAGCACGACUCCCCGGAGGCACACCUGGCGAAUCCCCGCACCAAGCAAUGCCGCUUGGGCUCUACUACGAAGCCGUGCUCAACCGCCCACAGCCGAUUCCCGAGGUGAAGCCCGAGCUGCCUCCUACCUCGUCCCCCAAGUCGCCGCGCUCCACCGUGAAAAAGUCGCCGCCUCCCAAGAAAGCAUCCCCAUCCCCACCCUCGUCCUCCGCCUCCGCCUCAGCCCCAGCAUCUGGCCCAGAAACCUCUUCAAAACCCGCAACAGCACAGGAAAAGGCACGUAUCAUCUUCGGCUCCUCGCUCGCCGGCCCUGCCGAACGGGCGGAGCGCCUCGAAGCCAUCCGGAACCACAGUACGCUAAUAGCCGGCGUCUUAGUCCCCCCGCGGCCCCAAGAGCCCGACAACUGCUGCAUGAGCGGGUGCGUCAACUGCGUCUGGGACCGCUUCCGCGACGACAUGGAGGAGUGGGUGUCUGCGAGUGCGCGAGCCGAGAAGGCGCUGGAGGCUCAGCGGUCGCCGCCGACACCCACGAUCCCAGGCGCAGUCAAGGAGGGCUUGGAAGAAGGGUUGUCCGUCCCCGCUACUUCUAUGAGCAUGGAUGACGACGGUGGCGGCAGUGAGACGAACUGGCAGACAAAUCUAAAAAAGAAGGCCGACAGUCCCAAGAUUGCCAAGGAUCUUUGGGAUGAUGAACUGUACAAGAAUGUGCCUGUAGGCAUCCGGGAAUUCAUGAAGCAGGAAAAAAGGCUCAAGGAAAAACAUAAUAAAGAGGGGACCCUCGGGGGUUAAGUGGGAAAAGGGGGAAAGAGAAAGGCGUACGGACUACUUCUUUAUAUACCCACUGACUGAGUCGAGACAAUAUAAUCAAUUCGCCAGAAGAUAUCAUCACGCUCGAGUUUACUCCCUAGGAUGUAUCUCGGGACGUUUGCUCAGUCUUAUUUUAUUCUAGGAUUUUGGGAUUUUGGAUUAGGGCGAGUAGGUA